UUGGUGAGUGAGGCGGCCGGAGAUGUUGAUUAUGUGGCGAUGUUCCCGUUUGUUGUUAAAACUGAUGACAAAUAUUGGAAGUUGGACUUCGCUAAACGUAGGAAUAUGGAGUGGUCACGAGCAAAAUUGAUCAACAAACUACUCACAGAGACAUUUGAAUCCGAUCCCAGUAAAGUAUGGAGAACGAAACAGAUCCUAAUAUACUCAAGAUUACACGGAUACUAUCCAAUAAGACAGGAGAAGGCCGACCUCAAAACAGAUGAAUGGUCAUCGUGGAACGAUAUCAAUGAAGGAAAAACAGAAUCAAACAUUAGAGAUACAUUCCCAAAUGAAAGUCACCUGUCAACAUUGAGUGUGUUCAAUAAAAGUGAUUAUGUUACCGAGGAUUCAGUUGUAGAUUUAGAUGUGAGUGGCUCGGACGAAGAAAUAGAAAUAGUUAAUGAUGUGAGUGUUAAGAAGAAACCUGUGUUGGUUGAAGGAACUGUGAGUGAGGAAGUGUUGCCCGUGGACAGUAGUGACCGACUGAGGUUCCUGUUCAUAGAGAAAGUGUGUGAAGACAUCGGCAUCGUGUUGAGGAAUGAAGAUAUUGGGCAUGGGUACUCAUACAGUUCGGUCCACUCAGUGUUGUUAUCUGCCACCAAGUGUUUCGCUGAAGAGUUGAUCCGGUCGUCUCUCGCCAGGCAACUUACCUCAGAAUUGGGAGAGGGACGAGUGUGGGUUGGCUGGUCCAGGCCCCGCGUGUGUCUCCAGCACGUGUUCCUCGCCACCAGCGACCCCAGGCUGCGGCUCGUGACGUCAGCACACCUCGCGGCCGACGCGCACACACACACACCGGCCCCAAUAUAA